AUGUCCCUGAAUGGUGCUGCAGCACAUGGACCCCCUUGGAAGAAUCAUAGCUUCAGUAUGGAAGGGGGCAGAGACCCCCCUCUGUCUGACCAGGGAGAGACUAUCAUCGGAGUCUACCUCCUGCUGCUCGGAUGGAUAUCAUGGUUUGGGAACAGCAUCGUCCUCUUCGUCCUCUACAGACAGCGAGCUUCACUACAGCCCACCGACUACCUGACCUUCAACCUGGCCGUCUCUGAUGCCAGCAUUUCUGUGUUUGGCUACUCCAGAGGUAUCAUGGAGAUCUUCAAUGUCUUCCAAGACAGCAACUACAUCAUCUCCUCCAUUUGGACUUGCCAGGUGGAUGGUUUCUUCACCCUAGUGUUUGGUCUGAGCAGCAUCUAUACGCUGAUGGUGAUCAGCAUCACCCGCUACAUCAAAGGAUGCCACCCAAACAGAGCUCAUUACAUUACCAGAAGUACUGUUUUCAUCUUCCUGCUCUUCAUCUGGGUCACUGCUGGGUUCUGGUCUGGAGCCCCACUGCUCGGCUGGGGCAGCUACUCAGAUCGGGGGUACGGUACCUGUGAAAUCGACUGGUCGAAAGCCAGCUACUCGAGUACCUACAGGUCCUACAUCAUCGCCAUCUUUGUUUUCUGCUUCUUCAUGCCUGUGCUCAUCAUGCUCUUCUGCUAUGUGUCAAUCAUCAACACGGUGAAGAGAGGCAAUGCCCUGUCUGCUGACGGAGACCUGACAGACCGUCAGAGGAAGAUCGAGAGAGAUGUAACAAUUGUUUCCAUAGUAAUCUGCACGGCCUUCAUCUUGGCCUGGUCUCCAUAUGCAGUGGUCUCCAUGUGGUCCGCCUGUGGUUUUCACGUGCCCAACCUGACAAGCAUCUUCACCCGGCUCUUCGCCAAGUCCGCCAGCUUCUACAACCCUUUGAUCUACUUCGGUCUCAGUUCCAAAUUCCGCAAAGAUGUGGCCAUCCUGCUUCCCUGCACCCAAAACCCCAAAGACACAGUCAGGCUGAAGCGUUUCAAGCCAAAGGCCGAUGCUCAUGGCCACCACCCUGCAGGCGGAGGAGCCAGACUCAAAGUUCCCCUGAACUGCUCAGAGAAAAAGUACUCAGCAAUGAAUCAGACCCCUCAGGCUACAACCCCAGACUCUGGAAGGGAAAUCCCACAGCCCGUGAUUCCAUCAACUGGUACAACAACACCUGACACCAAGGAAGUGUUCUUCAUCAACGUGCCCCAUCCAUCUGAGGCGAGCUCUGAGUUUGAAUGUGUCAGACUCUAACCGAAACACCUGAACAGGAGGAAGACCAGACUCUGGUCUCUGAGCCAACUGAUGAAUCAACCGUGUCCAACAUGUCAUCCUAAAACAUUUAUCUCCUUUGAGCCUUCCAAACAGAAGGACCAGGGUCCGUAUUCCCAAAGACCCUCAGAGUCUCUCAGAGAGCUCCUAUUUUAUCCUGAACAUUCCUGCCGAUGAGUCUCAGCUUCAGUGAUUCAGUUCUCUGCUGAGACUCUGAGGAGGAGACGACAGAGAUUCCUCUUAGUGAGGAGGUGAAGUUGACCCCGUUGCUAGGGGUAAUGCUGUCUUCUAAGAGCUGA